UGGAAUUAGAGGGAUGUUUGUUUUUAUUUUGCAAUAUGCUCGUUCCUUGUGUGUAUUUUAGACGCAGCUAACUGAAUAUCUAACUUUCAGUCCACUGAAAAUGGCUAAAUUACAGUCUUUGGGUGUGUUUGUUAAUACGCGUUUAACAGUGGCUACCGUAGAGAUUAUGGGGGCAGUAGAGAAAGUGGUAGCGGAGUACCAGGAGGAGAUUUUCCGAUCUAAAGAGGAGAAUGACCGGCUACGGAGACUGCUGCGGAUCAGACCGGAGAUAAAACUAUGUAGAUUAGACUCCCUCGUUUUGUCUUACUGUCUCCGAGGAGGAGGUUAACCCUGUGCAGCAGCAAUGUGACCAGGAGGAAUGGAACUCCAGUCUGGGGGCGGAUGACCCCGAGCCCAUGCAGAUUAAAGAGGAGGAAGUCGGGACCACUCAGGAGGCAGUGCAGCUUCAAGGACUGGAGGCUGACAUCUUAGAGUUCAUAUUCACACCUCCCUGUGUGAAAAGUGAUUGCGGUAAGGAGGACCCACUUUUGAGUCUUCCCCAAACCGAGACUAUGGAGAAGAGAGAGCGUGACUCUAAACCAUUGGAUCUCAAACCUUUUGGCACAGUGAUCCACCUUGACAUUACCAGUGACCCUCCAGAUAAUCAAGACAAUGUCUCCAGUCACAGCUCAGCCGUAAUUAACGAUCCAGUAGGAUUUGACAUAAGCCCACCAUUGGAUUCCAACACACCAUUAAGGAAACCCGGUACUAAAGCCAGCACCACGUAUAACAACCCUCAUAUACUCCCCAUGCCCAGAGUUAGGGUCAGAACCACAGACAGAGGACUGUGUCAUCCAGAGACAUUUGAGAGAGCCUCCCAAGAUGCGCUGGUAGGGGGCCAGUCAGUCAGGAGUGCAGCGAAAGCACAUGGCGUAUGCCAUGUUGUUUAGGUACUGUCGGAGGAAGAAGGAUAGCGCCAAUGCCCGACUGCCAGCAUACAGAGCCCACAACAGAGUGUUUAGUCAGGGGCAGGAGAAUCAUCUGGAAGAUUAUCUGUUGAGGGCUGCAGAUAUAUACUUUGGAUUGAGUCCUAAAGAGGUACGUAGACUUGCAUACCACCUUGCCCAACACUACCACUGCAAGUACCUUGAGACCUGGGUUACCAAGGCGAUGGCAGGGAAAGACUGGUUCACCUCCUUCCUCAAAAGGCACCCCGGCCUCUCCAUCUGCCAGCCUCAAGCCACCAGUCUGUUGAGGGCGACAAGUUUCAAUGCAACGAAUGUUUCUCAGUUCUUCAACAACCUUUCUACUAUUCUGGGCCGCCACAACUUUGAGGCCAAAGAUGUGUGGAACAUGGAUGAGACCAGCACCACAACAGUCCAAGUGCCAGACAAAAUCAUUGCCUACAGAGGGAGGAAGCAGGUCGGACCAACAACAUCUGUAGAGAGAGGAACAAUGGUUACUAUGGCACUAGUGGUCAAUCCUCAAGGAAACAGCAUUCCACCUCACUUCAUCUUUCCCCACAAUAAGUACCUUGAUCACUUCCUACGUGAUGGGCCUACAGGUUGCAUGGGCACUGCUAGUGGUUCUGGGUGGAUGGGAGAAUGACUUCCUGGCCUUCUUGCAACAUUUUGUGAAGUACACCAGGACGUCCCCACAGUCUCCACAGCUGCUGCUUCUGGAUAAUCAAGCCUCUCACUCCAGGGCAUGGACUACUGCAAAGCCAAUGGCGUCGUGCUGCAGGUGCAGGUACUGCAGCCCCUGGAUAGAAGUGUGUACGGCCCCCUGAGGAGAUACAUCAACAGUGCCAUUGAUUGCUGGAUAAAGACAUACCCUGGCAAAACGGUCUCCAUAUAUGACCUACCAGGAAUUGUGGCAACAGCCCGACCAUCUGCUGUGACACCAGGCAACGUCAUGGCUGGAUUUCACUGUACCGGCAUAUGGCCAUUAAACCCUACUGUCUUUACAGAAGCAGACUUCUCACCUGCUCAUUGUAACAGGUCGUCCUGCCCCCACCACCACAGAGGAGCUAGCACCAUAGCUGCAGUACCUGGGGGCUGUGGUGGCUCUUCACAGGCCCAGCCUAGGGUGGAGGUCAACGCAAGUCCUGUGGGGCAGUCUGUCUCUCCUGGGCAGGGGGAGGUCCAAGCCUAUUCCACCUCUGGGGAUCACCUCCACACUGUCUCAGAUCCAUCUACACCUGAAGAUGUCUUCUGUGAUUCUGCACUGAGUCAAUCCAUCCCCACAGAUGACGUCAGCCUUGUCUAAACGUCAGACUGUUACUAUGGUUACGCCAUGGAUCUGUCUGAAAGAAGUCGCUGUAAAAAAGACGCAAUAGUCUACAAGACAGAAUGUUGAAUACAUUGAUAUUUAAACGUACUUUACCGGUUUUCCAUGCUGUUGGUCGUUUUGGUGGUAGGAAGUGGAGAUGGGGUAUCCACAGGAAAGGGUUGUUUACACCACUUAUUACAGCGCCGGUAGGUUCUGUUGCUUGUAUAUUCCAUCUCCUGAUGCAUUCCACGCGAUGCACAAUUUGUUAAUAAUAGCCCAAUGUAACCGAAUGUUGUCGACCAAAGCCCGUUCCCUCGCAGUCACGGUGCUUGGGAAAUUUGCCAGCUGAUUGCAUGGGACAACGUUGGGUCUGUUCUUCAGUUAAAUUCUGCCAUUGUUUACAUAUUGUGCAUGUCGCGUGCGAAUUGCAGCAUAGAAAAUACAAACCGUCAUACAGACCAGCGUACUGAAAGUCGGGUUACUAACACUACACUAAAUAUUUCUUCUCAGAUUACCUCCUAUAUAAGGACAAAAUCAGCAGACAACGGGUAACGUACGUUCAAAUGAAGUUAAUUCAAUAGUCUGACUUGUGAUGCGACUGUUCACAAAAAAUGAGCCUACAUGUUGGAGACGAGAGAGGAGUCUUUCACUCUCAGAUUCGGAGAGGUUAACUUCAGCCCUGUAGCUGUCUGACCUUUUCCGAAGGCGAAGGACGACCACCAUUCUAACCGAUACCCCUGUCAAGGUGCCCUGGAGGAUGAGAAAACAGGUGAUACCAAAAGCCAAGCGCAGCUUGCAGAAACAGUGUGGCAAGAGCGCUCAGAAGAGAGCAACUAAUUAGGAUGAACAGGAAGUUGUGCGAAAGAUUUUGGCUCAUCCAUGCCAGGGCAGAUCUGGGCGCAGUGCUUGUUCAGUCAAGGGUGGGCACACAAGGCCUACACUGAAGGAGAGGAGAUCUACAUCUGUCACUGAUAGACAGUAAACAAAUUACAGGUUUAUUCACUUUUGUUUUGCAGUAUUUCAUUUUAAUUUCCUCAAACAAUUGACUAAUUUACAACAAGUGUUUGUUCCACACUUGUGUUAACAUUUUGUCUUUGUCUGAAGGUGUUACUUUUUGCACUCUUAGUUCAGAAAAACAGUUCUAUAUUUCUAAUUUUGUAAUUUUAUACCUCUUCUAUUGCCUGAUGUAUUUGUUUUACUUUGGGGGGUGUAAUUUAGAAGAUGUUCUUAUCCUGAGCGAUUUACAGGAGCAGUUAGGGUUAAGGGCAUGUCGACAGAUGUUUCACCUAGUUGACUCGGAUUCGAACCAGCAACCUUUUGGCUCUUAACCGCUAGGCUACCUGGGUGCUGUUUUAGACAACAUUGUCUUUUGUGGAUCUAUUUCAGUCUCUUCAUUUAAGUCUUAAAGCUGCAAUAUGUAACUUAAUUCACAUAGAAAUGUUAGUUAUAGAUCUGUCAUUCUCGUUUAAAGCAAGUAUAAGAAGUGGUAGAUCUUUUCUAAGUGAGCUAUUUCUAUGCUCCCCAUUCUUAGGUUUUGUUUUUGCUUCUUGUUUUCGGUUUUAUACACCAGCAAACUGCUGAAAAUACAAUAUUUUUGGUAAUUGAACAUUUAUACUGAACAAAAUUAUAAACGCAACAGGGAUAGGCCCAACCUCUUGGGAGCCAGGCCCGCCCACUAGGGAGCAAGGGCCAGCCAAUUAGAAUGAGUUUUUCACCAUAAAAGGGCUUUAUUACAGACAGAAAUACUCCUUAGUUUCAUCAGUUGUCCGAGUGGCUGGUCUCAGUCGAUCCCGCAGGUGAAGAAGCCGGAUGUGGAUGUCC